CACCCCGCGUUUCCCUCCAGACUUCUUUUCAAAGGCUUUAUUGUUCUAUUCAGCCAAAAUGGGUGCCAUUCCUGAAGCCGACCCCGAUGAGCCUAUGGAGACCAAGCCCUUCAAGUUCGUGACAGGUUAUGACGCCCGUUUCCCCCAGCAGAACCAGACCAAGCACUGCUGGCAGAACUACGUCGACUACCACAAGUGUGCCACCGCCAAGGGUGAGGACUUCCGUCCCUGCCACCAGUUCUACUACGCUUUCCGCUCCCUUUGCCCCAAGGCCUGGACUGACAGAUGGGACGGUCAACGCGAGGCCGGCAACUUCCCUGUUCACUUGGACCGGUAGAUGCUUCAAUUUCUAUUGUUGAUUGACUUUCAAGUUUUACUGUGACAACUCAACAUGUACUCUACCUGAUCAAGCGGGAAUACAACCCCAUUCAUCUUGAUUUCUUUUUUGGGGAGGCCAAGGGUGUGGGUGUAUAUAGACUCGCCGUAUUUCCAAAACAAUUGAGCACGCGAUUUGAUUCUGU